UGAUGCACUUCAUGGCGUGUCUGUUGAUGGCAGUGUAGCGCAUUGCGCUGACUGGUCUACCUGUUGCUGCCAGUACCACUGCUAAUGUGUGUGCUGCUAGCCCUCGACCUGCCUCUCUAGACUCUACUCUGGACACGCGCCUUUUCAGUCAAAGGACGCUGUUUUCUUGUUAGCGAGCAUCCGGUAAAGGAGAAGAAAAAGUAUGUCGGACCAGACGACCUCACCGAACUUGAAGAGAGAUGGCACUAUGGUGGCCACUGCACAGGAGGGCAAGGGCUUUCUAGAGGCUACAGGCUUCAAGGAUGACGACGCGAAGACUCGCUCGCAAGUCACCAGCCCGCCGAAAAUCGUCAGGCAGACGACCAUGCAAGCCACGGCCAAGGAAGCAAAUGACUUUGUCGGCAGCAUUAGUCAUGGACGAACCCGUUCAGCUACGCGCCGGAGGAGCGGGGCAGCCAGUGAAAGCGGCGGCAGUGCUGACACCACGCCAGUGAAGAAGCCGGCAAUGAAACGUGCCGGAACGAUGGCGGCCACCGCAAAGGAAGGCAAAGAAUUCUUAGAGAGACAGGAGAAAGAGAAGGAGAAGGAAAAGGAGGCAGCCGCAGCUGAGCCAGAACCUGAGCCAGAGAAGGAAGCCCAGCCGAAUCCAUCACUAAAGCGGGACACGACGAUGGCUGCAACCGCAAAAGAAGGCCAGGCUUUCCUUGACAGCCAGCCAGCAGCAGCUCCACGUCGCUCCGAUGCCAACUCAUCUGCAGCUGAGGACAAGGCAGAGCCUGACAAGGCAGACCAGGACUCGGCUGUACCUGACCUGAAGCGUGCCGGCACGAUGGUGGCCACGGCAGCGGAGGCUAAGACCAUUCUUGGAGAUGCAGCUCCGGCUGGAGCUACACGCGCCGAGUCGGCCGCACUAUCCACAGCACUGGAUACUACUACAUGUACUACGUCAGAGAAGCGAGAGCACACCGGUGAUGAUGCUGGCAGUGACGCAAAACGGGUGAAGGAGUGAAGGAGUGAAAACAACGUGGAUCGCUUGAUUUGCUGAGAUACCGAGGCAAUGCUAUUUGCCUCGAACUGAUCAAAUGGACAUACUAUUGUACCAGGAGAAUGAUCACUGAACUGACUGAUUUGUUGAAUUUCGUGCCACCCCUGACUAACUGUGAUUAGAGUGUAUCUGUGUUGUCUCUUCUAAUGAUUUGUGACCCCUAGGAAACCUAUUUCUGGUCGAAUUCCCUUUACCAAGCCCUGGUAAUGAAGCUUUGGCUGACAUCUGUUGGCUUCCGA